AUGGUAAAAAAGGCGCGAUAUGUUGGUAUACAAGCUACACAAUUCAACACGUACGUGACACUAAAACUACAAAAUGUCAAGUCGACGACGGUGACAGUGAAGGGUCCGACGCCAUGUUGGGAACAAGACUUUCUAUUUGAGAUCAACGACAUCAACCUAGGUCUCCUCGUAGAAGUCUGGAACAAAGGCGUCAUUUGGGACCGUGCUCUCGGAUAUCACUACCUACCUCUUACUUCAGUGGCGUAUAACGAGCAGGAGUGUCUAGGUCGUUGGAUUGAACUGGAGGCACAGUUGAUGAUGCGGGGUGGAGCGGUAGUUGGGACAACAGGACCUACGGGUCAUGCACUGCUGCUUGAUUGUAGAUUCGAACCUCCUUUCGACGCAGAAGGCACGGGUGGCGCUGACCUCCAGAGAAAAUUGGAUAUGCUCAACGGUGCCAUCGAUGCCGAGCGAGCGGAGCAGGCGCGCAGGCAGUUGCAAUAUGUUGCGCAUUCGGGCUACUCCGAAGACUCCGACUACACGUCGGAUCUAAAUUAUCCUGUAGGACAACAUGCCAACUGCAGCGCGUCACAAUUCAGGAGUGCAGCGCAUCAAAUACAUACACCACAGAGGUCUUUGGAGGCAUCUCGUGAGAACUCGUACGAGAGGGAAGAGUACCACAUGCAUGGCGACACUGACCCUUUGUACUACAACAGUCAGCCGAGGACUAAUAGGAUAGAAUCAUGGUCGCAGAUGCAAGCGCAAGUAAGCGUCGAAUCCGCAUAUUCGUGGCGAACCGCUGCUGACUGGCAAUCGGGAGAGGAGCAACGGAGGCCAAGUUUAGAGCGUCAGAACACUUUAUAUGACGACAACAUAGGUUACGGAUACGAUGCCUACACCACGAGCACUGCGUACAUUAGGGACCAUUCGCAUUUAUCGCAUGAGACUAGCUAUGAGGAAUAUUACGACUCAAGUAGCUAUCCGUACGGGCCGUAUGAAACACGAACGUGGGACAGCAAUCGGUACUUGUACGAUGACCGCUACGGACUCACGACCACCGAAUACGAGAACACUGUCAACAAGCGACGCUCCUCCGUUGUCCAGCUACCUCAGUUGCCGCCUAAACAGUUGCCUCCUUCAUCCCGUUAUUCGGAUUAUAAUGAGAUGGCGCCUUAUAGGCCGCGGCCGAGGCGGACAGCAGCAAGUCUACCAGCUACACCGUCAUCAACGCCGAAACGGGGUCGUGCGUUGCCGCUGCCACCUGGCAGUGAUCAUGGCAGCACACGGCGGGGCCGACGUUUGCCUCGGCCACCGCGCUUGUCACGACUGCCACCUGCCCCUCCCGCUUCGUCUGUCACGUCUGUUACUUCAGACGUGACUAUACAUACACACGUGCCUUACAAACAAGAACCCGAGAGAGCUGUACCAGAUAUAAGUUAUGGUUACGACACUUACGGGUAUCAAUCACAAUAUCACGACACUGCCACUGAACAGUACCAGGACACCAAUUAUAGUACAAGUUAUGAUGAAGAUGGUAUGCAACCCUUUUUUGAUGAAACACCGCAUGCAACGCCUCCCGCAGCGACUGCUCAAAAGCCAACCUGGGAAACAGAAACGACAACGCAACUAUCGUAUCCAAUAACCAGUGAAGAAGAUGCCUUUAUACCAAAUACGACAGCAGCGGUUAAUUAUCUGCCACAACCUCCAGUUUCGAAAACAGAUGAUAGCUACUUAAAUCAAAGUUAUCAACAAUUUAGUUUUCAAUACGAGGACCAACAGCAACAUAAAUAUGAGGAACAGGAUCAGUCUUACAAAGAAGAACAUAAUGAAUACUUAGAACCAAAGAAUGACUUUCAAUACCAACCACAGUAUGAACAACCUUAUCAAGAUGAUUUGUCACAAAAUCAGAAUUUCCAUAUACAAUACCACCAACAAGAAAAACAGCUGGAAAAAGAAAAUUAUCAUCAAAAUGAGUACCAAGACAAAAAAUAUGAACAAACACUGUAUGAGAUACAAGCCUAUGAUCAUCAACAGUAUGAAAAACACCAGUAUGAGCAAGAACAGUAUGACCAACAACAGUAUGAAAUAAAACAGUACGAACAAAAACAGGAACUAGAGGAAAAAUUUCGACAAAAACAAGAACAAAACUUACGUGAAGAGCAGCAAAAACAAUACGAACAGGAUCAACAAAGGUAUCUGGAGCAACAGCAGCAACAAUUACAACAACAACAACGUCAACAACAACAGCAACAGCAGCAGAAGUUACCAACACAGCAACUUCAAUCUAGUGUUUUAACUGGAGCAGCUACCUUAGGAUCAUUAAUGGCAGGCGGCGCAAAGAAACUCGGUAGUUUUUUUGGAGCUGCCGCAGCAGCAGUGGCCCCUUCUCCCAUAAAUCAGCCUUCAAAUUUAACACAAGCUCCUCAAGUUACUGUAAGUCAAAUAACAUCAAAUGUGCCUUCUACACCUCUUACAAGUACAACUGCUCCUGUAACAGCAUCCGUCCCAGAAGUGCCAACUCCUAUUACAAUAUCUACUACUACUACUACUACUACUACUUCUACAAGUUCACCUAUAUUGCCACGGACUCCAUCACUAAGAAGACAAGAGUCUAUACAAAGGCCUUCUGUGCGGCGAACACGUACGUUACCCGACGCACCAGAAGACUAUCCUCAAUCGAGUUUUGACGAAAGUGCCUACGAGGAUGAUUAUCAAAAGACUGAAUUAGAUCAAAGUACAGACAAGGACAGAACAUCUUUAGAUAGGUAUCAUGACGAUGAUUACAUGCAUGAUACCAUUCACAAAGAUGUUGUUAAAGAAAGCCAAGUACCUGAAGUUUCAAGUCCGAGCUUACAAAAUACUGCAUCACCAACUAGGGUUGCUUCACGAAUUCGGAAACCUUCCGUCGACAGUUACCAUAGUCAAGCACCAUCGAUACACGAUCGAAAACCAUCUCAAAGCUCUGUUCACAUAGAAGAAAAACUUUCCAUACCGACAACUCAAGAAGAAUUAAUUAAUGACAAAUCAAAAGUAACAUUUCAAGAUGAUCGCACAGUAUACCAUGAGGUACCUGAAGAGUUUGAUACCUUUCAAGAAUCUCGGGAUUCCUUUGAUGAACCAAUUUCUGAAUAUCACGAUGAUCAUCAAAGUUAUCAUGACCAAGACGAUGCUUACCGAGAAGAAUCAGAAAAAUUUGACGAUCAGGAACAGUACAAUGAAACCGAUGAACAAUAUAAUGAAGAAGAUACAGUAUUUCAAGAGGAGGAAGAGAGACAUAAAGUAGAACAACUUGAUUUUCAGCCAGAGCAACCAAAAUUGACACCUAAACAACGAUGGCACCGGGCGUACAACAAGAUCGUGAUGCAACUAAACAAAAGCAUCUGGAAACGAACUGUAGUGGAAUGCACCCCACUGUGUCAGAAUGUAGCUAACGUAUCGCAAAUGUGA